AUGACAACCACAACUGUUGCCCGGCCUGCACAGGCACUGCGCAAUCGUCGCGACGCACCACGACCGACCCUCCCCCUCAAGCGCGCCUCCGUCAUGGAUGCCACUGCUGAGUCCGCCGGCAAGAAGCGCAAGCUGAACGAGCCACACGUAAUUACCAAAGACCAUAUUCUGAAGAAGUUCAAGGACCGCCAGCCAUCCCUCACCGUCCACCUCCACGAUGCCCAUUGGAAGUUUGAGGGCCAGGAGGGCAGCUUCGACUACCGCUCGCCCAUGGUCGCUUUCCUCAGAGCUCUACGAAAGUCCGAGCUCCCGCCCGACAUGUUGGAAGAGCUGCUAGCCGGCAACGUGCCUUUUUACGACGGCUGCCUCAUCGUGGAGAUACACAAUCAUGUGUCUGGGAAGGGCAAAGACAAGGGCAAGAAUAGCUCCGCAACAGGAGGAGAUCAGGUCCGAUAUUCUAUGCACAACUACAACAGUUAUGUGACACCUUCUCCCUUUGUGCCGUAUCCCAAGAAGGCAAAGGAGAACGAGCCUCCAGCGGACGAAGAUGCUGCCAAGGCAGGAGAGGAGAAGAAGACGAGUGCGGGCAAGGACAGGGGCAAGGGCGGAACACAGGUUGUGACAGAGGUCAUGUUUCCCACUGAUCGGUCCCGUCAUAAGGAGCUUCUCAUACUGGCGAAUACUCCCGCCUCAGAAAUGAAGGGCAUGAAGCGCAGCAUCGAUGGAGCCACCCCCUCGUCGGCGCAACCACCGACGCCGCAACUCUCAGUCGGUCCUAAUCUCGCUGCUGGAGGCAGAUCACCGGGGCAAGAUAACAAGAUGUGUCUGGAAGAUUCUGAGAUUUAUCAAUUUGAAGCAGAAAUGCUGCUUACUACCCAGCCUCCGUUGUUUCUCGAGCCCGUCAAGAAUCCACGAGAGGCGGAGAAGGUGCUGGAAAUGCUCGCACAUCCACUACAUAGCGAUCCGCCGCCCUCGCCCAAAACGCGCAAGAGGACGACUGCGGAGAUGGCUGCAGACGAUGCGCAAGCCGCUGAGGCAGAGCGGCGCAUGCUUAUCAUGGACGAGCGUAUCAAGGCUACCACAGCCGGAGACACAGCAGGGACGGCACAGGCGCUCGGAUUUUCCCGCUUCAAGACAAUACAAAUGGUCCGCGAAAACCACGAAGAACAGGAGCGCAAGAAGAAGGAAGAGGAAGCUCAGGCUGCGGCGCAACGAAAGCACCAAGACUUGCUCGAGCAGAAGGAGAAGGAGCAAAAGCAACAGCAAGCAGAGCAACAGCGACAGUUGAUGAAUCGUCGACAACAUCAAGCCCGCCAGGCGCACGAAAUGCGCGUGCAGCAGUCGCAGCAACAAGCAGCGCUGCUGGCACAGCAGCAGCAACAGCAGAACAACCUGAUGGCAAACCAGCACCAGGGCAGCUUCCAGCAUCCUGUCUCUGUGCCUCAAGCUAGUCCGGUCGUCAGACAACAGACACCGAUGAUGAACUCGUCGCCGAUGCUGCCGCAGAACGGUUUCCCAAUGACCGCAACAUCGAGCCAAGGAGCCGGUAGUCCACAAAGACCGACUUCAGCGGCCAUGCCGAACCCGACGGUCGCAAUGGCUAGACAAGUCAGCCAGCAACACGGCAGCCGCAAUGCUACUCCUCAGAUGGCCCAGGGCACACCGAAUGUGGCUGGCGCAGUGCCUAACAGGCAGAUGAGCCAAACACCGCGCAUGCCGCAUGGUAGUCCAGCACCAGGAACGCCGGCUGCAGUCAACAUCCCCAACAUGGGCAUGACACCGCAGCAGAGCGGGAUGACUCCGGAGCAGUUUGCGAUCUUACAGGCACAGCAGAGGCAGCUGCAAAAUCAAAGCCAAGGAGGCGCGGCCGGCUCACCAAGCCAGCAAAUCCCUGGUCAGAUGACUCCAGAGCAAUUCCAGAGCAUCAACCAGCAGCAACGAGCGCGAGCUCACCAACAGAUGUUGCUUGCACAGCAGUCAGGAGCCACACCGCAGCAGCUGGCGCAAAUGCAACAACGACAUAGGGCUAUGGUGAUGCAACAACAGCAGAUGAUGCAGCAGCAGCGCAUGAUGGCAGCGUCACAGCAAAACUCAAAUGCCAGCCAAAGCCCACAUCCGUCGAUGCAAGGCCAUCCACAGCAAGGUGGUAUGCAGCAAGGCCAACAAAUGACGCCCGAACAAAUGCAAGCUCGACAGCAGGCACAGCAGGCGCAGAUGAAACAAGCCCAGAUGCAGCUACAGCACCUUCAUCAGCAAUACAACGGAUUCCAAAACAUCCCUCCGCAAGUGGCUCAUCAGCUACCUCAACCAGUGCAGCUCCUACUUCGCCAACAACAGCAGCGACAGCAGACUGCUCGUGCUCAGCAGAUGGCCAUGAGAGCUCAGCAGGCACAAAACGCUGGCCAACCUGUCGCUGGCAGUGGAAAUGCCGAUCCUGAGUAUAUGCAGACGCUUCGGAAUCACCAGGCAAUGCUUGCCCAGCAGCACCCGCAGCAGAGUGGACGAGGAGGACAGAUGGGUGGUGUGAGCAUGUCGCACAACAUGAACUUUAACAACAUGCAGAACCAGCAAUUCGGCGGGCAAGGUCAAGGCAGCGACCUCUCUGCGCAAUUUCAGGCGAUGCAAGCUGCAUUGAACAGAGGCAACCAACAGGGGGGCGGACAGCAUUAG